AUGGUAGCCGAGGCUGGGCAGAACCAUCCUCCUGAAUUGUCCUAUCAAAUGGAAGAUGGGUUGGACAUAUCAGAGCGAGCUACAACUGAAGCUGCAACUUCGGAUCCACUCCAAGAUGAAGACUCUCCGGCGGACCAUCAGAGCAAGCGGCGAAUCGCAAUUGUAAUGGCUGCGCUCAGUCUGUGCGUCUUCUUGGCUGCUCUAGAUAUUACCAUCGUUUCAACGGCUCUCCCAAAAAUUGUUGCACAAUUCAAGGCAUCCGACAGCGCAUAUUCCUGGAUCGCAUCGUCCUAUCUUUUAGCUAAUGCUUCUUUUGUUCCUCUAUGGGGUCGACUGAGCGACAUUUGGGGCCGAAAGCUCAUCCUAACUACAUCCGUGGUUCUGUUUAUAUGCGGAAGUCUGAUGUGCGGUGUGGCCAGGAACGUAACCACAGUGAUCGCGGGACGGGCGAUUCAAGGAGUAGGAAGCGGAGGCAUCAUCGUACUGGCCAAUCUGUGCGUCUCUGACCUUUUCAAUGUGCGCCGUCGUUCAGCAUACUUAGGCAUUUUUGGUGCUACAUGGGCCAUCGCUGGUGCUGUUGGACCUAUCAUUGGUGGCGCCUUUACCACCUAUUCAACAUGGCGAUGGUGUUUUUACAUCAAUUUGCCAAUUGGUGGGAUCUCCUUGCUAAGUCUCCUCUUCUUUCUCAAAAUCGACAACAAUCUUAAAAGCAUCGUCGAAGGCCUUCGCGCAAUCGACUGGAUUGGUCUCGUGCUUAUCGUCGGUGCUACACUGAUGUUCCUCUUGGGCCUUGAAUUCGGAGGCUCCGAAUACCCUUGGGCGUCUGCCACCGUUAUCUGUCUUAUUAUAUUUGGUAUCGUUACCGCGAUCAUCUUCGGUCUCAACGAAUGGAAAGUUGCUCCCACACCAAUCAUUCCCAUCAGUAUCUUCAGCAACUGGUACAACUUCACAGUCCUCGUGAUUAAUUUCUGUCACGGAAUGGUUUUCAUCGGGGCCUGUUUCUACCUUCCCGUUUACUUCCAAAACGUUCUUCUCGCUACCUCCCUUAUGAGCGGUGUCUAUCUUCUUCCAUUGGUCGUGGCGCUGUCAAUUUCGUCUGGCGCGGCGGGGUUCUAUAUGCGGACUACCGGCCGCUCCCGUGAAGUUAUUAUACUCGGAAUGUUCCUCACCACGCUCGGACAUGGACUCUACAUUGACUUGAAACCUUAUGCAUGUUGGUCGCGGAUUAUCAUUUACCAAAUCAUUGCCGGCCUAGGUAUUGGCCCGAACUUUCAGGCCACUCUGAUUGCCCUGCAGGCGAACACCAAGCCCUCAGAGCUGGCACGGGGAACGGCGACAUUUUCGUUCGUAAGGCAAAUUGCAGCGUCGGUCUCGGUAGUGGCUGGCUCUGUGGUUUAUGGCCAUAUAGUGAGCACCAAAGUCGAGCUCAUGGCGAAGGUGUUAGGACAAAGGAUUGCGACGGAGAUAGCGGUAGCAUCAACAGCCGCGGCGGGCAUUAUCGAGUCAUUGCCCGGCGGAGAAGACAGACAGUUCGUGUUUAACGUGCUGACGGAUGCGUUGACAUAUGUUUGGAUUCUUUACACGGCUAUUGCAGGGUUUGGGUUUUUGAUUAGCCUCACAUUGAAGGAUUUGAGGCUGGGUGAUGUAAAUAGACAGGAGUCCACUGAGGUGGAGAAGGGUGAGGGUCACAUACGGAGUACAGGUGGAUAAGCAACUUGUCAAUUCAGAACUGUGGAAUGACAAGUCCACUGUAAUACCAUAGUUAAGCAUCCAUUACUUGCUUA